AUGGAGAAUUCAUCAUCGUGUUCGUCUACUUUGAAAGUUACAUGCCAAGCAAACAAAACAUCUUUGUGGAAGAUAAGGAAGAUCUUAACAGAGAAAAGUGAAGGUUGGCUUGAUUUUGAUAAUAACAGCCAUGUUGAGAAAUAUCUUUUGAAACAUUUGAUCAAGUCGAUUAACAUAAUUAAAAAAGACCCUAUAAAGAUAAAGAUCGACGAUUACGAUAGGGGACACCAGCACGAGGUUAUUUUCGGGUAUUUUCAUGAAACUGAUAAAUAUUAUCUUGGGGAAAUAUGGAGGUUGAAGGAGCUUAGUGUUGGAGAUGAAGUUGGAUUCUUCUACGAUCCCAUAGCAAAGAACGUGUGUUUCUCUGUGUUGAAACAAGCUAAACCCUAUGUUCAAAAGAAAUAA